AUGCCCGUUACCGACCAAGACGCCGCAUUGGCGGCUGUGGCGACCCUGGAGACGUUGUCCCCUGAGCAAGACGACGCCCUGAAGAAGAUUAAUGCCAUACUCCACAACGGCGAGCCAUUCGUCGAUAUACACGAGCUGUUCGCUCUAUUUGACAUUCUCUACUUCCGAAAGUUGCUGCUGCCACGUGUUGAAGUCGUCUGGUCGCCGCGCUUGACUCUGUGCGCGGGCAUCUGCGAGUUAUCCAAGGACCCCUCGACCGGAAAGUUCACGCGCAUCCGGUUGAAGCUGUCAACGCCUCUGCUACAGUACCGUCCACGCUCCGACACCAUUAAUACACUGCUACACGAGGCGAUUCACGCCUACUUCUUUAUCACGACAUCUUGGAAGCACUCGCGUGGGGAUGAUGGCACCGGCCACGGGGCGGGUUUUCAGCUGCUUGCCGACACCGUGAAUAACCACGGCAACUACCAAGUCACUAUAUAUCACACCUUCCACGAUGAAGUCGACAGUUACCGAACACACGUCUGGCAGUGCGAUGGACCUUGCAAGAACCAGCCACCGUACUUUGGCCUGGUCAAGCGAAGCAUGAACCGAGCUCCUGGCAAGGGUGACACGUGGUACUCGAGACAUCAGGCCGAAUGUGGGGGGACAUUUCAAAAGGUACAAGAACCCGCGCCAACCAAGAAACAAUUGGAUGCUAUGAGCACUAAAGAGCGCGCGGGAAGGCAAAAGAAUAAGCUGGAUAGCUGGAUCAAAAAGGACGUCAAAGGGGAGGGUAAAACCCCUGCUACGCCCACUGUUAUUGGACGAGAGGGUGAAACCUCGACCAAAUCCUCCAAAGACAGGCAAAAUGCGGCGUCUUUAGUCGUGCGAGAUGCUGUUCAUUCUUCAUCAUCGUCCACAUCUUCGCAAACUGGCCAGAAACGGCCACGGGUGGGCGAGGAGCAUGACCUUGUCGUCCAGAAGAAGUUGCUUGUGGACUGCCCCAUCUGCAGUGCCAGAAUAGCCGAGUCCGAUAUUAACGAGCAUCUGGAUGUAGUACAUCCUUGA